UGCCUGAAGGGCAAGAAAAGCAAAAGUUACUUCUUGUGAUAGUUGUACUUGUUAUUUUUUUUUUAACAUUUUUCUAAACAAUUCCUUUAGCAUUUCCAAAUAUGUUUUUGUUGUGAAUAUAAAGUACUUAAUUUUAUUAACAAGAGUAAAGAAAUUUAUAGAAAAAUGGCUACCGUUUUUGAUAGUCCUUUCAUUCGACAACGUUUGCAUCGUUUGCGGCAGCGAGAUUUCGAGUUAGAGGAAGAUCAAAGAUUUGGACGAUGUGAUUGUACGAGUUAUUCCUAUUUUGUGCUGUCCAUGGUGUUGUUUUCAGUUGGUACCGUUAUCACAGUAUUAGCAUUGGGAGAUGCUGAUGGAUAUAUUCUCAGUAACUUGGGACACAUGUGGCUCGUGGGACCUAUAUUUAUAUGCUCUGGAAUGAUGGUGGCUGUUAAAAGCAUGUUAUAUUUGAGGAGAAAAAGUGUUAUUCAAAUGCUUUUGCAUCAACGUGCAAUUAUUAGGGAUAUGGCAACUGUACAAGCUGAACAAGCCUAUGGAGCUCAAGUGCCUCGAACAGCUUCAAGUGCUACCUUACCUCCUUCUUAUGAUGCUCUAAUAUCAAGUGCAGUAAUAAGCAAACCACAACCUUCCAGUUCAGAAAUUCCACCACCAACAUAUGAUGAAGCUAUGUAUUUAAUUGAUGAGGAAAAAUACCAUCUAGACAAUAAAACUGUUAACAGCGCUAAACAAGAAACUAGUAACCAAAUGGAUUCCAACAAUGAUGUCAACAAACCUUAAGAACUUGUAUUAUAUUUUGAACUUAGAUAUGUAAGCAAAACUUAAUUCUUCCGUUUGUACUUAUGAUUUUACUUAAGUCACAGAUUGUCUAGUAUUCUCUGAUGUGCCUAAAAUAUUUACUUGUAGGCAAUAUCAUUAUAAGGUGUCCUUUAUUUACAAUUGUAAUUUAAUCUAGGCUAAGAUGUAUUUGUGAUUUUAAUAUUUCAUUUUAGCUGGUGUUCAUUGGUCUAUAUGUCACUGUGUGUCUAAUUCUAUAAUCUUAAGUUUAAAUAAGACAUACUUUAAUCCCACUCUAAAUUUUAAUAAGGACUUUUCAUUCGAAUAUUAUUUCUAAUUAAUCAAUUUUUAAAGGACUAUUAAUGAACAAUAUCUCUAAAUUUUUUUAUAUAUAUUAUUUAUUAUGUGCCAAUGUUUUUAAAAAUAUUAAACUAAAAAAAAUAAUUGUUAUAUAGACAUAUAUUUAUCUGUAAAACAGUUCCAGCCACAGUCGAGUAAAGUGAGUUUGUAAUUAUAAUGCUGUCAAUUUAUUAUAAUAAUUACAAUAAUCAAUUUUAAAAAUCAAAUAUUUAAUAAAAGACAUGAUUAUUACAUUAUGUUAUAUCAAUG